CCAGAAUCCUUUGCGCAGGCUCGGUGGGAAGGUGACAGCGGACGGCGAAAAUGGCCUCUGCCUUUCUUACUCACCAGCAGAAAGUGCUGAGGCUUUACAAGAAGUCUCUCAGGCACCUUGAAUCGUGGUGCAUAUUUCGAGAUAAGUAUCGUUUCUAUGCCUGUAUGCUUCGCGCUCGGUUUGAUGAGAACAAGAAUGAAAAGGACAUGGUGAAGGCCACCAAGAUGCUGAAGGCAGGUGAGGAGGAGUUCUGGGCCAACCAACAUCCCCAGCCCUACAUCUUCCCUGACUCUCCAGGAGGAACCUCCUAUGAAAGAUAUGAGUGUUACAAGGUCCCAGAAUGGGUGCUGGACCAUUGGCACCCUUCAGAGAAGGCCAUGUACCCUGAUUACUUCUCCAAGAGGGAGCAGUGGAAGAAACUGAGAAUGCAGAGCUGGGAUAGAGAGGUUGCUCAGCUGGAAGCCGAGACUCCAGCAGGUGGACCCAGGAGCGAGGCUCUGCCUCCUGCCCGCAAGGAGGGCGAUCUACCCCCUCUGUGGUGGCAGUUUGUCACCCGUCCAAGGGAGCGCCCCACAUAAACACCUUACCUGACCUGAGAUGAGUCAGUCUGGCUAUCUGAGGGGAAAAAACGGCCCAAACACACAAUGACAGCACCAAGACUGACUGACCCUUUGGUUCCAUCUGUCUUUAGAGUCAAGCCUGGAGGAGUUCCCCUUUACAGGCUGCAUGACAAUGUUCACAACCUGUCUGAAUUCACAGUUGAUGACUCUGACAAGUUCUGUAGAUGUUCCGAUUAAUACCUGUAA